CUCUUCAGCGAACACACACACUUCCUCCACUACAGCAACACUUUGCUUGACUGCUUUGACGCUCUCGGACAGAUUGUAGGCUAUAUGUUCAUACAAAACCUGCCAUUAAAGAAAGUAUGUUUGGUGUCUGAGAGAGUGAAGGGGUCAGAAUGCAGAGCAUCAAGUGUGUGGUGGUAGGAGACGGUGCAGUAGGGAAGACCUGCCUACUCAUCUCCUACACCACCAACGCCUUCCCCAAGGAGUACAUCCCCACUGUGUUUGACAACUACAGCGCCCAAGUGACUGUGGACAGCAGGACUAUUAGCCUCAACCUGUGGGACACAGCAGGCCAGGAGGAGUACGACCGCCUGCGCACCCUCUCCUACCCUCAGACCAACGUGUUUGUCAUCUGCUUCUCUGUUGCCAGCCCCCCCUCCUUUGAGAACGUCAAGCACAAGUGGCACCCGGAGGUCACCCACCACUGUCCCAAUACGCCCAUUCUACUGGUGGGCACCAAGAAGGACCUGCGUAAUGACCCGGAGGUGUUGAAGAAGCUUAAGGAUCAGAACCAGACAACCAUCACCCAACAGCAGGGCACCGCCCUGGCCAGGCAGAUCCAAGCCAUCAAGUACCUUGAAUGCUCUGCCCUCAACCAAGACGGAAUCAAAGAGGUGUUCGCUGAGGGUGUACGAGCCUUUCUCAACCCACAACCUGUCGCCACCAAGAAACCCUGUGUGCUAUUGUAAAGGCAGUAGGAAACCCUGUGUGCUAUUGUAAAGGCAGUAGGACACGCUGUGUGCUAUUGUAAAGGCAGUACGAAACCCUGUGUGUUAUUGUAAAGGCCGUAGGAAACCCUGUGUGCUAUUGUAAAGGCAGUAGGAAACCAUGUGUGCUAUUGUAAAGGCAGUAGGAAACCCUGUGUGCUAUUGUAAAGGCAGUAGGAAACCCUGUGUGCUAUUGUAAAGGCAGUAGAGAUACUAUCACGUAUGCAAAUCAAACAGAACGAUAUUAAUUCAUUGAAUGUGUGUAAACCAUUGGAGUUGAUUUUAUUGUGAAAUAUGUUUUUGUUGUACUGCCGAUAACAAACCCUGCCAUAUCAAGACUUCCUUGAGACAAGGGGAUCAUUGAGGAAGAGGCAUUGGCUCAAGAUGGAUGCCUCAAAACUGAGCCAAUGUUAGAUAGGCAAGAAGGGCCUGGGUCAAAUGCUGUCUGUAAGAAUCCUUGCUUUUGUAUAUCCAUUAUGUUGCCCUCUUCCUUUAUAGCAAUUAACAAACAAGACCUGAGACUUUCUGAUGAGGAGAUACAUUCUCUCAUUUAUCAGUGCUUGUAUUGUUGUCACAUUUUGACAUGUAUGGCCUUUACAAAAAUAAUAAAAAAAUAUCAGGAAUUUAAAUAUC